GCGGUGCUUCUUUCAAUCGUUGCAAGGAAAUGGAAGAACCUGCGACACCAACAGCCGUUCCUCAAAAGCUUAGUGGCAGAGACAACGGCAGCAAAACAAAGAGGAAGAUCCCGAUACCCCAAGAACUAAUAUUCCAUUACCAAACCCAAGGCCUGGAUGCCCAACAAGCUUCCGUCAAAGUCAUUGAGGAUCUCCAGAAUAUGGUAAUGAGGGUCGUGUCGUCCAACUCCAAGCCCAAGAAAGACAAGUUCUUGAUCGACGCUUCGAGAAAGAUGGACAGUCUCAACAACAGGCUAGCUGUUGUGGAUAUGAAGCUCGACUCCAAGCCUGGCUAUUUGGAGACUUUCGUAAUUGGGGUUUCUUCCGGGGCUGCUUUAAGUGGCAUCACCAGUGUUUUGCCUCAUGUUUUUGAGGGUAUUGCCCAGAUUUGGUCUUCUGUUAGGACUGCUACCAAGCCUUCUUCUUAA